AUUUACUUCACUUUCAUGUGGUUCCAAACAUGUUCGACUUUCUUCUGUCUGUUGUUGAGCACAAAAUAAGAUAUUUUGAAGGAUGUUGGUAACAAAACAGAUGGUAGCCAUUGACUUCCAAGUAAGGGGGGUAAAAUCUGGAACUAAACAGUUGACGGUAGCCAUUGACUUCCAAGUAAGGGGGGUAAAAUCUGGAACUAAACAGUUGACGGUAGCCAUUGACUUCCAAGUAAGGGGGGUAAAAUCUGGAACUAAACAGUUGACGGUAGCCAUUGACUUCCAAGUAAGGGGGGUAAAAUCUGGUACUAAACAGUUGACGGUAGCCAUAGACUUCCAAGUAAGGGGGGUAAAAUCUGGAACUAAACAGUUGACGGUAGCCAUUGACUUCCAAGUAUGGGGAAAAAAAUCUGGAACUAAACAGUUGAUGGUACCCAUUGACUUCCAAGCAUGGGGAAAAAAAUCUGGAACUAAACAGUUGACGGUAGCCAUUGACUUCCAAGUAAGGGGGGUAAAAUCUGGAACUAAACAGUUGACGGUAGCCAUCGACUUCCAAGUAAGGGGGGUAAAAUCUGGAACUAAACAGUUGACGGUAGCCAUUGACUUCCAAGUAAGGGGGGUAAAAUCUGGUACUAAACAGUUGACGGUAGCCAUAGACUUCCAAGUAAGGGGGGUAAAAUCUGGAACUAAACGGUUGACGGUAGCCAUUGACUUCCAAGUAUGGGGAAAAAAAUCUGGAACUAAACAGUUGAUGGUACACAUUGACUUCCAAGCAUGGGGAAAAAAAUCUGGAACUAAACAGUUGACGGUAGCCAUUGACUUCCAAGUAAGGGGGGUAAAAUCUGGAACUAAACAGUUGACGGUAGCCAUCGACUUCCAAGUAAGGGGGGUAAAAUCUGGAACUAAACAGUUGACGGUAGCCAUUGACUUCCAAGUAAGGGGGGUAAAAUCUGGUACUAAACAGUUGACGGUAGCCAUAGACUUCCAAGUAAGGGGGGUAAAAUCUGGAACUAAACAGUUGACGGUAGCCAUUGACUUCCAAGUAUGGGGAAAAAAAUCUGGAACUAAACAGUUGACGGUAGCCAUUGACUUCCAAGUAAGGGGGGUAAAAUCUGGAACUAAACAGUUGACGGUAGCCAUUGACUUCCAAGUAAGGGGGGUAAAAUCUGGAACUAAACAGUUGACGGUAGCCAUUGACUUCCAAGUAAGGGGGGUAAAAUCUGGUACUAAACAGUUGACGGUAGCCAUAGACUUCCAAGUAAGGGGGGUAAAAUCUGGAACUAAACAGUUGACGGUAGCCAUUGACUUCCAAGUAUGGGGAAAAAAAUCUGGAACUAAACAGUUGAUGGUACCCAUUGACUUCCAAGCAUGGGGAAAAAAAUCUGGAACUAAACAGUUGACGGUAGCCAUUGACUUCCAAGUAAGGGGGGUAAAAUCUGGAACUAAACAGUUGACGGUAGCCAUCGACUUCCAAGUAAGGGGGGUAAAAUCUGGAACUAAACAGUUGACGGUAGCCAUUGACUUCCAAGUAAGGGGGGUAAAAUCUGGUACUAAACAGUUGACGGUAGCCAUAGACUUCCAAGUAAGGGGGGUAAAAUCUGGAACUAAACGGUUGACGGUAGCCAUUGACUUCCAAGUAUGGGGAAAAAAAUCUGGAACUAAACAGUUGAUGGUACACAUUGACUUCCAAGCAUGGGGAAAAAAAUCUGGAACUAAACAGUUGACGGUAGCCAUUGACUUCCAAGUAAGGGGGGUAAAAUCUGGAACUAAACAGUUGACGGUAGCCAUCGACUUCCAAGUAAGGGGGGUAAAAUCUGGAACUAAACAGUUGACGGUAGCCAUUGACUUCCAAGUAAGGGGGGUAAAAUCUGGUACUAAACAGUUGACGGUAGCCAUAGACUUCCAAGUAAGGGGGGUAAAAUCUGGAACUAAACAGUUGACGGUAGCCAUUGACUUGCAAGUAUGGGGAAAAAAAUCUGGAACUAAACAGUUGAUGGUACCCAUUGACUUCCAAGCAUGGGGAAAAAAAUCUGGAACUAAACAGUUGAUGGUAGCCAUUGACUUCCAAGUAUGUGGGGUAAAAUCUGGAACUAAACAGUUGACGGUAGCCAUUGACUUCCAAGUAUGUGGGGUAAAAUCUGGAACUAAAUAGUUGACGGUAGCCAUUGACUUCCAAGUAUGGGGGAAAAAAUUUAACUAAACAGUUGACGGUAGCCAUUGACUUCCAUAGUAUGGAACAAAAUAUGAAACUGAACAGUUUCAGUUUCGUUCCAUAUUUUUAGAUACAUAUUUAGUUUCAUACCGGGAACUGUUUUUAUCUUCAACAGAAGAAAGGAACUCUUCUUCUUUGGAAAAGCUUGAGUGUUAAAAUGAUGACAGAAUUUUAGGCUUUGGGUGAACUGUCCCUUUAAAGUCGACAUGAACCCAUUUCUUUUUGAGGGAAAUCAGGAUAUUCAAUGAGAAAAGGAAAUGCAAAUGUCAGGAAUUUUAAAAAAGAAAUGGGAGUUACUUACCAAAAUGAACACCGAAAGGAAAUUUGAUUCAGGUGGAGAAGCUCAAUACAUUCUGAAAAUAUUGCACAUUUGUCCUUUGGAAUAUCAUGUAUGAAUUAUGUAAAACCAGAAACAUGGAUCAGCAAGUAAAGAGAGUAAGUGUUGAUUUCAGCUUACGCAGGAUAUUAUACAACUCAAUGCAAAUCCAUAAACAUACCAGAUCUGGUAUUACAUUGUAAAUGAAUACAACUGCUCACAGUCUCACACUGCUGUCAUGGACUCAGGGCUUACAUCACUUCAUACUCAAUUAAGAAAUGAACACAAACACGUGUGUAAGAUGUUUUAUUUUCUUGUCUUUUGAUCAAAUUCAAUACAUUGUUUCCCCAAACCAUUUACUCUAUAGUGAGAGAGCUACAAAUAAUAUAUGUAAAUUAUUCUGCACAAUGCUUAUUUUUUUAUAUGAAAUCAAUUAACACUUUUGCUAAAAGAUCAUCAAGAUGUUUAAACUGGAUUUGAUUGUUUGUUUUCUGACAGUACCAGCUUAUGCAUUUAACGCAUCUGCAUUACUGAUGUGCAAAUAAUUCAUUCUCUUCCUGUUAUACAACGAUGUAAAUGAAGAAUAACUGCUGAAUAUCAUCCAUUUAUUAUGUUUUCUGUAAUAUAAAUUACAUUAAAUGUAAUGUUUAACUAAAUAGGAUUCAUUUGUUUGCACUAUUUAUGUAGCUUUCAUCAAUAAAUACAAAAUUAAUGCAAACAUGA